AAUUUGUCAAGUCGUGUGCUCAGAAAAGGAAAGAGACAAAGAGAAAAUGAUAGGAGAGGGUCUUCAUGGCCAGAUCGUCUUGUCCCUGGGGGAAAGCAGGACACACUGAUCCUGUCUACAGAGAAAAACAUUCUUAUGUCUUUGGCCACUGAUGGGUUCGUUAAUAUGGUAGCGGAAAUCAGUGACUUGCUAAGGAGGGCACUCUUGCUUUAAUAGAUCAGGAGCCAGAUGCGAGGCUGCUGACUCCAUGCAUUUUCCUGUCUCUGCCACAGCACAUCUCAGUCCAUCUGGGAGUCCAGAAGCUGGAGUGGACAGUGCUGAAGAGCCCAUCACAUCUCCCCAUUUCACCAAGCUGGGCCCCUCCCCAGACAACUGUGUGUCUCCUGCAGAGUUGGAAUUGGGAAACAGGAGUGCCAUAAUGGGAGAAGAGGACAAGGAUGGGGCAGAGUCGAGGAAGGAGCAGUGCAAGUGGAGGCUGGAGAGGCUUCUUGGGAGCAAUGGUGCAGGGUUCGAGGUGGAGACGCCUCGAGCUGCAGACAGCAUCCGUACCGAGGACUUUGCCACCCUGUUCCAGCAGAUGAUGGUGAAUCCCCUCACACAACAGGAUUUGGGUUACAGAGGAACCACAGGGGAGGAAUGUCUGAUGAACUACAAGGAACAAACAUUAGGGUGCGACAGGUUACAGGUGCUUUACAACCAGAGCAAGCAUGUGAGCCCUUCUUACUCCCCCCUUACAUUAACGGGGGGUGAUUCCCACCCCUCAGGAGGGAUUCAUCCAAUCCGCACAGAAUUCUCCAAGAUCCUCUCACACAAGGUAGAGCGCCAUCAUCUGGCAACUAAUGCCAGAGAAACCCCUGAUGCUAAGGGGAUUGAUUGCAUGACAAACCCCAAGUGCACGACCCCGAAGUUCACAUGUCUUGUGGGAUCAGGAGAGCAUGCUGGGGCCCUCAAAGACCAUGACCAGAAUAGUGACAUGGACAUCAAUACUGAGACGGAUGGACCUGGGACAACGUAUAAAGCCUCAGCCUGCCAUAGCUUGACCCCAUUUUCAGAUGUGACCUUUGACUUGUCCAACAACCACACUCAUCCUUCCAAAUCCCCUCUUAGAGGUGCAGACAUCGCCCAGUGCACCUUACGCAGGUACAGUCUACUGGAUGGAGUGAGUGAAGACACCAGGGAUCCCUCACCAGUGGGAAGGUUGAGGAGUAACUCCUCCUCUUUUGUGAGCAACAGCGUGGUCUCUCCUGCAGUCACGAGUAAGAUGGCUUUUGAGCCUGGGCCCCCCCGGAGCUGCAGCAGAGAUGGGCUGACAGAGUCCCAGUGCCGUCUCAAUACUACAGGGGCCCAAGAGGAGCGAGGCCACGAGGGUCAAGGAGUUUCUGAUGCACCCCCGCAAGUCCGGUGUCUGGCAGGGGUUCCAGUGCCCAGCUUUGACACAGUGACCAUCGACAGUGACUUGGACUCAGUGCAAACCGACCAGGUCCGCGAGCACCUCCACAGUGCCCUCACCAGCAGUGCAGCCUGGUGCAUCCGGGUAGGUGAGCUGAGCUGUGACCAGAGUCACCUGGACUCGUACAUCCCGGGUCAAAGGCCCAGACCUGGGGGAGUGCCUGUGUCCGGUGGGGAGGCUUCAUGCAGAACCCGGCUGAUCCGAAAGUCCCAUCCCACCAAAAGGGGGUCCCUCAGGACUCGGGGUAUAUCUGCCUACAUCCCGCUGCCAUGUGAUGAUGAGGAUAGUGUUAAUGUAGGCCCGGAGAGGGGGGGGCACAGCACCUGGCAUGCCUCCCCAGGACAGAGCUCUGGGGAACUGGGGACACAGAGCUGCGUCCUCUUAAGACGACGGGCCAAACAGGACGUGGGGGAGCAUUUCUCCAGUGUAAAAGUGGCUGAUGGAUGGCAGGAGGGAGCUGGAUUGGACAGAUUGCCACUAGAGGGGGAUCUUUGUGCUCCUCGAAGGGACUGCGCUAGAGUGGAGGAAAGGCUGGAACAGAGGAGAGCCCAGCUACAUGAAACAGAGCUGUCCCUCAAUGUCCUGCUGAAGAAGAAGGAGCAUUCACUGCAGGAGCUCAGGUGUGUGCAGGCAGCAGUGGAGCAGGCAGAGAGGGAGGCACGGGACCUGCAGGCCAGUCUGAGUGAGAGGAGGCAGAAUCCCCGUCAGGAUGCUCCGCCCAGCGCCCUGGAGAGGGAGGAGGCCGAGCGGCAGCUGCACAGAGCCAAGGCAGAGCUGUUUGCCACACAGCGCCAGGCCAGAGACAAAGUGGAUGCACUACAGGAGCGCUUGGAGGAGAUGCAGCAGGAGCUGGAUCUGCAUGUGGAAAGCGAGCAGGCCCUUAGGGGGAGAUGCUCCUAUUUGGAGGAGCAGCUCCGAGGCAGAUCGACACGGCAAGAGGGGCAAGAGAACCAGCCGGUACCCGGCAGGUCAGAGCAGACCCUGGAGGCUCAACUGCAGGGGCUGCAGUUGGCCCUGGAGGAGAAGGUAGGCUGGGCAGAGGCGUUGGAGCGUGUCAUGGCCCAGAAGGAACUGCAGUUGAUGGGGGCAAAGGCCGAGAUCCGGACCAUGAGGGAGGAGCAGUCUGCCAAGCUAAGGGAGACAUGGGAGCAGGCGCAAAGGGAAAAGGAGCAGAAGCUGGAGCUGCUGAAAUCUGAGCAGGCUUCUAUUAGGGAACAGGAAAUUCAGCAGGUCCGGCGUCAGGCCGAGGAGGCACAGCUGAAGACCCUGAGGGAACAGGCUCUCACUCACCACCAGCACAUGGAGGCCUUACGCGGCUGCAUGCAGCUGAAAGAUGAGGAGCUGAAGAAGCUGGUAGCGGCCCAGGAGCAGCGGGUGGAGGAGCUGCAGAUGGAGGCUCGAGAAAUGCUUCAGCAAGCCGUACAACAGGAGCAGAAGAAGUGGGAGACAGAAAAGGAGGAGAUCCAAAGGCAGCAAGACUUAGAGAAGGAGCAAGACCGGCAGGCGGUGGAGAGAGCGAAAGAGGAAGCCGAGAGAGAGCAGAGGAAUGUCCUGAGUCAGCAGAAGCAGAUCAUCCAGCUGCAGCGUGGAAUACAGGAGCUGGAAGCUGAGGGGUGGCGGCUGCGUCGGGAGCAGACAUCCGCACUGACCGAAUUGCGCAGGACUUUCAUGGAAGAGCAGCAGGCAGAGCUGCAGAGGCUGUCCAGACAUGCAGAAAAGGAGCGACAGAGGGAGGUGCGACAGCUACAGAAGGCUCUGGAGCGGGCCAAGGUAGAUGCCAGUGGCCUGCAGGGGGUGCUAUUAGAGUGUAAACAGACUCAAGAGGAGGAUGCAGCCAAGGUGGAACAGCAGCACAGGGAAUUGGCUCUGGCACUUGGGGUGGAAUGUCAGCGCCUGCAGGAGGUUCUUGGGCCUACAGAGGGUGCUGUAAACCUCCAGAGCAGUCCUACAGUGGCCCAGGCAGUACACACAGUGCAGGCACUGGGCAAUCAGCUCCGUGCACUCAUCUCCCACCUGCGGCAGGAGCUGGACUCGCAGAGAGCGGCCGCACAGCGUCUGAUGCAAGAUAAGGAGCAUGAGCUGCAGAGACAAAGGGACCUGCUCGCAGAGGAGAAGGAGCAGACUUUGACCUCACUAAGGGAGCAUCUGAUUCAGGAACACAUGGAAGAGCUCAGCAGUCUGAAGAGAAAUUGGCUACGCAGCAGCAGCCAUGAGGAGGGUGGUCUGAUCGCAUCGCUACGGCGACAGCUACAAGAUAAAGAUGAGGAGCUGCGGGAGGUGCAGAGGAACAUGGGCCACUGGAAGGAGCAAACCACGGCUCGGCUGGCGCACAAAUUUGAGGAAGAGAUGAUGGCCGAGCUGGAAAGAUGCAAAAUGGAGUUGCUAAAGGAGAGGAGAAUCCCAAGGACCAACGUGGAAAAAUACACGCAGCUACAGUGGUGGGAUGAUGAGAUGAGGUUCACCAUGAAGGGGCCUGCAGGCCUGCGCUCUGCUUCAUCGCCAUCCCUCCUCUUCAGCGAUCCCUGUAGUGUACCUAUUGCCCCAGGCCUGGGUUCCCUGAAGUUGCUGAAGCACCUGCGAGUGCGAGUCAGGCAGCUCCGCUCUGAAAGCUGGGCCCACACCAGCACGCUUGCACAUCGGGCCACGGCGGGAGACCUGGCGGGCUCCUACCUGGAGACGAUUUCCCCAGCACUGGAGAAGAACCGAUCCUACACUAGGAUGCUCCCGAGUUGAUACAGACUCCACCAAUCACCAGUCGUCCUAGAAAAACACAGACAAAUUGAGGAUCCUCAUCAGAUUACGCUUCAUAGCCCUAACACUCCAUGCAUGAAGUUCUUCACCUUUCAGUGCAUGCUGCUCUGAAGGCUGCAGUGCAAGGUGGGUUAGGUAACUGCUCUUUUACAAAUGAAUCUGGAUGCAUUCAGUUUUGCAGCAAUCAAUCACAGUGUCAUGCAGGAAGUUAGUGCAUAUCUGUUUAAUUCAUAAUAAUUUUGUCAUACAGAUUCAUGUUGAUAAUGAAAAGACAUUUUAAAACUGUAUUUACGUUUUUGCCAAUGAAAUUUGAUUGCAAAAAAUAAUUACUGUUCAGUGCUGACAAUGGUCACACUGAUACCUUGGAAGGGAACAAGGACUGUCAGUCUUCACUGUGCUUAUCGUACUCUUGAGUGCAAAAGUCACUUUCCAGCCACACUGCUGUUAUGACAGCGGGAAAUGACCACUGUCCUUUAUUUUCGAAACCAAAGACAAAUAAACUGUAGCAUUGUCAGGGUACAAAAGCAGAUGCAAGGCAGGCAUACAGCUCAUUACCACAGAAAAUACCAUCCAUCCAUUUUCUGCAUUGUAGUGCAAGACUCUGACCUACUAACCCAAUGCAAAUAGCUUCCAGUAAGCUUCACCUCUUUGCUUUACCCCAAUAGCAGUAACAAACUGAAAUUAGCCUACGAAUAGAUGCCAUAGAAACAUUCUUUUAAACAUUUAAGCCUAACCAAUCUAAUUGCUGAAUGGAAAAGGGCAUCUUUAAAAGCUGCAGAAUGCAAACCAAAUGACACAUCUUACCUUGAAUGCGGUAAAACCAACUUACAAAAUCCUCAUUAAUACUAAACAGAAGCUCCAACUAUUCUCUCCAACACAAUAGCAUUUUACCCAGGCAUGAAGUAAGCAAAGGCAUGUGAAAACGUACUUACAGCAGAGUCGCUGAAGAGAUUACAGAAAGCGUACGCGAUAUGGAUUAAAAACCAGAUCGAAGAGAAUUUGUCUUUCAACAACGGGUGCAAGGGUGCAGUUAUCGGGUUCAAUGGCGUGGUCCCUCAGGUCUGCUGCACCCCAUAAUGCCACGCUGAAGGAGGCCCAAACGGAUGGAGUUUCCACAAAGGCGAAGCAGAAACAGCUGAGCAGAUACUCCAUGGUGACCGGCUCGCCGGGAAUCUAUUUGGCCCAAAACAGUGCAAUUAACUGAGCAUCA